AUGUCUGACAUGAAGGCUACCGUGGAGCCCACCACCGAGGGCUUCAGCGUCACAGGUUACGAGAAGAUCGAGUACGACUUUGAGUUCCUGGACAAUGUCCUGGAUCCGGCCAACGCCCAGCUCGCAGAGUGCUACUCUCGCUGGAAGCGCUGCCUGGCCGUCAUGGACAUGAACAUGUACGGACUGUACGGCCCUGCCCUGCAGCGGUACUUUGACCACCACGGCAUCGAGCUGGUCGUCCACCAGACCCAGAUUGGCGAGAAGGCCAAGGGCAUGGACACGCUCCUGGGCAUCGUCGACUCUAUGAACGAUUUCGGCGUGUACCGCAAGGAGCCUGUCCUCGUCGUUGGCGGUGGUCUCGUCACGGAUGUGGCUGGCUUCGCCUGUGCUUCAUACCGUCGCAACACCAACUACAUCCGCAUCCCCACCACCGUCAUCGGUCUCAUCGACGCGUCCGUCUCCAUCAAGGUGGCCGUCAACUACGGUCGCUACAAGAACCGUCUGGGCGCCUACCACGCCCCCAUGAAAACCUUCCUCGACUUCACAUUCCUGCGCACCCUCCCUACGGCGCAGAUCCGCAAUGGCUUCGCGGAGCUCAUCAAGAUCUCGUCCUGCGCCCACGGCGAGACCUUUGACCUGCUGGACCGCUACUGCGAGGACCUCAUCUCCACCGGCUUUGGACGCACAGACGAUGCCAACGAGGAGAUUAAGGUCGCGGCCGACAAGAUCUGCCGCGCGGGCAUCCACGAGAUGCUCAAGCUUGAGACGCCCAACUUGCAUGAGAUUAUGCUCGACCGCGUUAUUGCCUACGGCCAUACAUGGUCUCCCCUUCACGAGCUGGUGCCUGACCCGCCCCUGCGUCACGGCCACGCCAUCUCCAUCGACAUGGCCUACUCAGCCACGCUCUCCCACAUCCGCGGUCUGCUUUCGACGCCCGACCACCGUCGCGUGCUCUCCCUCUUCUCGCGCGCCGGCCUGUCCAUGGACCACCCCCAGUUUGACAGCGACUGCCUCGAGAAGGCCACACAGGCCAUCCUUAAGACCCGCGACGGCAAGCUCCGCGCUGCCGUCCCCGUCUCGCCCAUGGGCAAGUGUGUCUUCCUCAAUGACGUGGAGCACGAGGAGAUGGCGGCCGCAUUGGAGGUGCACAAGCGUAUCGUCAAGGAGUAUCCCCGUGCUGGCGAGGGUAUCGAGGCUUACGUUGACGGCAGUGACACGGGCUACAACGCACAGGGCCGUCCAGUCGAG